AUGACGGUCUCUUACUCCCUGGAGGUGGCCAACGUGAGGUUUGGAGGUUUCUCCAAGCUGCUGUUCAGAUGGAAAGGAAGCAUCUACCGGCUGCUUUACAAGGAUCUCCUGGCUUUCUGUGGAGUUUAUCUGUUUUUCAGUUUGUUUUACAGGUUUCUCCUCACCCCGAAGCAGCAGGACUUGUUUGAGCGGAUCGCCCUUUACUGUGACCAGUUCACCAACACCAACUUCAUCCCAGUUCUAUUUGUACUGGGUUUCUAUGUGACCCUGGCCUUCAAUCGGUGGUGGGGUCAGUACACCAGCUUUCCGCUGCCUGACAACCUGAUGAUGGUGGUGUCUGGAAACGUCCACGGUGCCGACGAGAGAGGUCGUCUGCUGCGGCGAACGCUCAUGAGAUACGCCAACUUGUCUUCAGUUCUCAUUCUCCGCUCCAUCAGCACCAGAGUUCACAAACGUUUCCCCACGUUGAAGCACAUUGUGGAGGCUGGAUUCAUGACGACACUAGAGCUGGACAAGUUUGAGUCGCUGCACUCGGAUUUCAACAAGUACUGGAUGCCUCUGACCUGGUUCUCCAACCUGGCGUCCAGAGCCCGAGAGGAGGGACGCGUGAGGGACGACAUCGCCCUGAGGCUCCUGAUGGAUGAGCUUAACAACUACAGAGCCAAGUGCAGCCUCUUGUUUCACUACGACUGGAUAAGCAUCCCUCUGGUUUACACCCAGGUUGUUACUAUUGCCGUUUACUCGUAUUUUGCCUUCUGCUUGAUUGGCCGACAAUUCCUGAACCCAGAGAAGGGAUACAAGAAUCACAACCUGGACAUGUACGUGCCUGUGUUCACUCUGCUGCAGUUCUUUUUCUACACCGGCUGGCUCAAGGUGGGGGAGUUGAUCAUCAAUCCGUUUGGAGAAGACGAUGAUGACUUUGAAACCAACCAGUUGAUCGACAGAAACAUUCAGGUGUCCAUGCUGGCAGUGGACGAUAUGUACCAGAACCUGGCUCCACUUGAGAAGGACAAGCACUGGGCACAGAGACAUUUCUCCGUCCCUUACACCCUGUCCACAGCAGCAGAGGCUCUCACACCAGCUUUCAAAGGCUCCACAUAUGACAUGAGGAUGAGUGCAGAGGAUCUGGAGAUUCACCAGCCUGCAGACACUGCAGUAAAGAAACAGUAUUUACAUCUUAUGGGUUCCCAGGGUGAUGGUUUCCUGCAGAGGGCUAAAGGAACCCGUGGUGGGAGCCUCCCUUCUCUGGUGGAUGUCUCAUCACAGCCAAACCAGGAGGAAGAUGUGGAUGAUCCUCUUGAAGGAGACGUCAGAGCAAACGACUUCACAGAACAAGAAAUGACACUGAUUAAAGUUACAGUGGAAAACCACCAGUGA